GGGGGCGGGGUCGCGUCGGGCGCGCGGCGCGGGGGUGGGAGGCCGGCGGGCAGUAGCGAGCGGGCGGCGGCGAGAGGUCGAGAGCGUUGUGCUGGCGGCGGCGCAGGCCCGACUGGCAGGGGUUUUCUUCGCUGUUAAUCUGUGAAGAAUGGGGGAGAUAGAAGGAACAUACAGGGUCCUGCAGACAGCAGGGACACGCUUGGGCGCCCAGACCCCCAUAGGCGUGAGCACCCUUGAACCAGGGCAAAUGCUGUCACCUAAAAUGCAGGAGAAACACAUGCAUGUCAGAGUGAAGCUUCUGGACAAUACAGUGGAAAUAUUUGACAUUGAGCCCAAGUGUGAUGGCCAGGUUCUGCUGGCGCAGGUGUGGAAGCAUUUAAAUCUGAUGGAGUGUGACUACUUCGGGCUGGAGUUUCAAAACAUCCAGUCCUACUGGAUUUGGCUUGAACCUAUGAAAUCCAUCAUUAGGCAAAUACACAGGCCAAAAAAUGCAAUACUUCGGUUAGCUGUAAAAUUCUUCCCACCUGAUCCUGGCCAGUUGCAAGAAGAAUACACCAGGUACUUGUUUGCCUUGCAGCUCAAGAGAGACCUGUUGGAGGAGCGCUUGACCUGUGCCGUCACCACUGCAGCCCUGCUCACAUCCCACCUGCUGCAGGCGGAAAUAGGAGAUUAUGAUGAAACCCUGGACCGAGAGCACCUAAAAGCCACUGUGUACUUGCCCAGCCAGGAGCAGGUUCUUGAGAAGAUCCUGGCCUUCCACCGGAGGCACAUGGGCCAGACGCCUGCUGAAUCAGAUUUCCAGGUGCUGGAAAUUGCCCGGAAGUUGGAAAUGUACGGCAUCAGGUUUCACACAGCCUCCGACAGAGAAGGGACCAAGAUUAAUCUUGCUGUUUCCCACAUGGGUGUCCUUGUGUUCCAGGGCACCACCAAAAUCAACACCUUCAACUGGUCCAAAGUCCGUAAACUAAGCUUCAAGAGGAAAAGAUUUCUUAUCAAACUCCAUCCCGAGGUCCAUGGACCCUACCAGGACACACUAGAAUUCUUGUUGGGUAGCAGAGAUGAGUGUAAGAACUUCUGGAAGAUUUGUGUGGAGUACCACACCUUUUUUAGGCUUCUUGACCAGCCUAAGCCAAAGGCAAAAGCCGUCUUCUUCAGCCGGGGCUCCUCCUUCAGAUACAGUGGAAGAACACAGAAGCAACUAGUAGAUUACAUCAGAGAUGGUGGGAUGAAAAGAAUUCCAUAUGAAAGGUGUCACAACAGGAUCCGGACAUCAAUACGUGCUCCAACUGCAGACCUGCCAAAGCAGAGCAUCUCAUUCACCGAGGGCUUGAGACCUUCUGCCUCUGUGUCUUCAGCAAAUGCUUCCUUUUAUCCCUCUCCUACAUCCCCGCCCAGCCGGGCUGAUUUCAAGGACAGCAGUGGUUCCCUGGCAGAUCCCCAGGCUCCCUGCAUCUCCAGUGCAGCUGUCAAGAAUGAGGCCACAAGGAAGAGCAGUGGAGCAACCGAAGGCUCCAGCGCCCCGUCGGCCCAGCCACCCGGGUCCCCUGCAGUCCCAUCUGGUCCAGGUGUCGGGUUUUGUCCUGUUGUAAGCAGCUGUGGUUCUGUCUGUCCCGUGGGAUCGAGUCUUAGUGCCUUAGACCUAGAUGUGGGGAGGGCAGGUGGGGUGCUCACAACUGCUGGUAGAAAUGAAACUGGCGAGGACGACAUCCCUCCAGGCUCAUUCUUGUCCAGUGGGGAGUAUCGCUGUGGCUGGCAGUGCCGUGGCGGCGGCCCUAUUUUCACAUUGACAAAUGUACAACUGCAGGUGUCUGAAGAGUUCAUAGAUGAUGACCCAGCAGACAUCUCUUUCUUUGCUGGAGGCUCAGAAGCAUUUUCCUUUCCAUAUAACCCUUCAGUCCCUCCAGAGCCCCAGACACUGACCCAGCCCACUGCAUCCUCUCCCUUGCAUGGCCCAGAUGCUUUCAGGCACCCAGAGUCUGUCCAGUCCAGCCCAGACAGGUACUCCACAGAGGCAGUAGACAUGAAUGUAGAAGAUGAGUUUGAAUUUGGGGAAGGAAGUGACUUCAAUGGCAAUGCACACCCCUCUGACACCUCGGAGCUCUUUGAAGUAAAAGCUCAAGCUAGCCUGAUGCAGAGCCUCUUGAGUCCUUCUGACACUAGUUCGCUCAGAAACAACCAGUCUGAGAACAGCUCCCUGCAUAACAUGCCUCUGCACAGCGGGCUGUCUCUGCACACUUCCAGCUCAGCCAAUCAGUCUGAGGCCAGUUCCAUGGUCAACUUCCCUGCCUACUCGGUCCGCUCCGAGUCCAGCUCCGCCUUCCAGUUCUCUGACAUCAUCGACCAGCUAGAGCAGCUCAGCUACCCACCCACCACAGCCGAAGACUCCAGCAGCACAGACUCGAGCUCCUGGGGCUCUGAGACUGAGGCCCCCCUGGACAUGAGCCUUUUCUUCAGCAACCCUUUCACACAGUCAGGCCUUGCCAUGGACAGUCCUCAGCCUUCUCCUUCCAGCCAGAAGAGCCCACUGAGUUUGAGCCCUCCAUUUCAGGUGGCUCUGGGCCCUGCUGAGCGGGGCUCAUCCCCCCUGCUAAGCCCUGUCCUUAGCGAUGCUGGUGGAACCCGGGCAGAAGACCAGGAUGAGCCAAGAAACAAGCGCAUUCCAGAAGAUGAGGCCUAUUUCAUAGCAAAGGAGAUUCUUGCUACAGAACGAACAUACCUGAAGGAUUUAGAAGUUAUUACUGUGUGGUUCCGCAGUGCAGUGGUCAAGGAGGAUGCCAUGCCUGCAGCUCUGAUGACCCUGCUUUUCUCCAAUAUUGAUCCUGUCUACGAAUUCCACAGAGGCUUCCUGCAUGAGGUGGAGCACAGGCUGACACUUUGGGAAGGACUCUCUAUUACGCAUACGAAAGAUGAUUAUCAACGAAUUGGGGACAUCCUACUCAGAAACAUGCGUCAGUUAAAGGAGUUUAUCAGCUACUUCCAAAGACACGAUGAGGUCCUGACAGAACUGGAAAAGGCCACCAAAUGCUGUAAGAAGCUAGAAGCUGUGUACAAAGAAUUCGAGCUCCAGAAAGUCUGCUACCUGCCACUCAACACCUUCCUGCUGAAGCCCAUCCAGCGGCUGGUGCACUACCGCCUGCUGCUCGGCCGACUGUGCAGACACUAUGCGCCUGGACACCGAGACUAUGCGGACUGCUGCGAUGCCCUGAAGGCCAUCACGGGGGUGACUGCCACUCUCCAGCACAGUCUCAUCCGGCUAGAGAACCUGCAGAAGCUGACAGAGCUGCAGCGAGAUUUGGUCGGUGUGGAGAACCUCAUUGCUCCUGGCCGGGAGUUUAUCCGAGAGGGCUGCCUCCACAAGCUCACCAAGAAGGGCCUGCAGCAGAGGAUGUUCUUCCUGUUUUCUGAUAUGCUGCUGUAUACAAGCAAGGGCAUCAUGGGGAGCAGCCACUUCCGGAUCCGAGGCCUCCUGCCACUGCGCGGCAUGCUGGUAGAAGAGAGUGAGAACGAGUGGUCCGUUCCCCACUGCUUCACCAUUUACGCAGCUCAUAAAACAAUCGUGGUGGCAGCCAGCACUCGCUUGGAAAAAGAGAAGUGGAUGCUGGACCUGAACACUGCAAUCCAGGCAGCCAAGAGCAAUGGAAGCGAUGUGUCCCUGGAGGUGCUGUGCACACAUACCCCCAGGUCCACAGGUGAAGUCAUGCUGGAGCAGGAGCUGAAAGACACCACUCAGGGCCCUGGAGGCUCCCUGGAAGGACAGGGCCAGCAUCGGGCAAACACCACGAUGCAUGUGUGUUGGUACAGAAACACAAGCGUAUCCAGGGCAGACCACAGUGCUGCUGUUGAGAACCAGCUCUCAGGGUACCUGCUGAGAAAAUUCAAGAACACCAAUGGCUGGCAGAAACUCUGGGUGGUCUUUACCAACUUCUGUUUGUUCUUCUACAAGACUCACCAGGAUGACCACCCCUUGGCCAGUCUCCCACUGCUGGGCUACAGUGUGAGCAUCCCCAAGGAGGCAGAUGGCAUCCACAAGGACUACGUUUUCAAGCUCCAGUUCAAAUCCCAUGUCUACUUCUUCCGGGCAGAGAGCAAGUACACGUUUGAGAGGUGGAUGGAGGUGAUCGAGAGGGCCAGCAGCUCACGUGGCACCCCCAGCCCCACACAGGAUGACCCACGGCCCUUCUCAGGGCUAGAGGAGACGCCCAAGGGGAAAGAGUGAAGCCCACCUUGCCUGAACUAGGACCUGCUCAGAGGACUACACAGCCCAGAGACGCCAUCCCCAUCCUCAGGCUGAGCUGAGGAGGCGGUGACACAGACAGCAUGGUGGCCAGGUUUCCACUGACUCUGGGUACAGCACAGCCCAUGGCUGGCCAGGACACUGUAAGGACAUGGAUGUCUCACUCUUGAGACCCGAGUGGGAGACCCUAACCAAGGACUGUACUCAGGUAUGGGCAGCAAGCCACAUGUUGCCCUGAGUGGGGCCAAGGACUACAGAACUUUAGAUGGGACCACCCCGGGCCUACACUGCAGGUCACGGCAAGCCAAGAGUCUGGCAAAAGUUAGUCUGGUUCCCAUACCCUCCACCUCUGGAGAAGACAAAAGUAAGUCUCUUGCAGCCCCAGGCAAGUGGCACUUCCACCUUCUUAGCUUCCCUGGGAACAGACUCUUCCUAUGUACACAUGACUGCAAAUACAUGGCAUCCCCUCACCUGCC